AUGACGCAAAAGUAUUAUGUCACCUAUAACCAGGUCCAUAAACUAUGCCAGGACUCCGCCGACAAGAUCCUGACUACUGUCCGCCCUAAUCUGAUGAUUGCCAUCGGUGGUGGCGGCUAUGUUCCUGCUCGUAUUCUCCGGUCAUUUCUGAAACGCUCUGGUGAACCCAACAUCCCCAUCCAAGCUAUCGGCCUGUCGCUUUAUGAGGAUCUGGGCCGCGGCGAUCCAGAGGAGGUUCCGGGCACCAAGGUCACUCGGACACAGUGGCUCGACCUUAGUUCUUUGGAGAUGUCCAACCUGAUUGGCAAGAACAUCCUUAUCGUCGAUGAGGUUGACGACACGCGCACAACCCUCGAGUACGCUGUACGCGAGCUCCAGAAGGACGUCGAGGAUGCACAGAAGCAACUCGGACGGGAAGGCGAGAAGACAAAUUUCUCGAUCUUCGUGCUUCACAACAAGAACAAGUCGAAGAAGGGUGUCCUGCCAGCUGAUAUGAUGGACUCUGGCCGCUAUCAUGCUGCAGUGACCACAGAGGAUGUGUGGAUCUGCUACCCGUGGGAAGCCAAGGACAUUGAUGAGCAUGACCGGUUGGCCAAAGAAAACCCUCUUUUCUGA